GUGUGUCCCCGGGGAUGUUUGAUGGAUUAAUGCUAAGCAGGCUCCCUUUUCCAAAGGCACCACCUGAUCUUAGGGGACUCGUGUCCCAUAUAAAAGCCUGUGCGAUUGCUGAGCUCAGCUAGUCUAGCCCUCUUCUCUCGCCCUCUAUCUCUCUACACUUUAUUUCUUUCUCUGUGUUCUUUCUCCUAUCCUUUGUCUUUCACUUUUCCCUUUCUCUUCUGUCCUUUCUGUUUCUCUUCUUUCUGGCAUUCAGACUGAGGCUUUUCAGGCUAUUCAGGCCUGGGAGUUUUAGCAGUGAGGGAAAUCUCAGAGCAUCUUUUAGCAUCGUCCACCACCAUUUUGGCUUUCUUUGACUUGAGGCCUUUUCUAAAGGGUGCAGGCCUUUGGCUUUUUCCUGUGCAGUUUUGUUCUUCAUACGUGGCAUUAGGAACAGCCCGUCAAGAAAAUGCCGCGUUCUUUUUUGGUGAAGCAACUGAAGGUCCACGAUUUCUCCUCCAAUCAUCCUCAUCAGCAUCACAACGACGGAUCGUACACAAUCACACGUGCCAUCAACGAGUCCACCACCAACUUGGCGGUCCGUUUGAGUGAAAAUGGCUACAUCCAGGAUUAUGUCAUCCCCUCAAUAUGCCAGAGCACAAAGGAGCUGGGUUCGAAGCAGCAGACCGGGCUCUCUGUGGGGCCCCUGUACUCUCCAGGGAGCACGGGGAGCAGCGGGGGGGAGGACUACUCCGACCAUGACAUGGAGCAGCCCGACAGCCCCCACUCGAGCGUCACCACCGAGUCGGAUAGCAGCAUCUACUACCCGGUGGAUGCUUUCCUCAUCUCCGACGGCCGCUCUCGGAAAAGGGCCAACCACAGGCACCAACACAAGGAAGGUGAGGAGAGAGAUAGCAGUACAGAAGCAAGCUCCACAGGAGCCACAGCGGCCAAGGCUGCCAAAGGGAAGUCCGGGAAAUCCAAGGGACCGGGCCGCCACACGUGUGGCGAAUGUGGCAAGACCUACGCCACCUCGUCCAACCUGAGCCGCCACAAGCAGACACACCGCAGCCUGGACGGCCAGCAGGCCAGGACAUGCCCCACGUGCCACAAGGCCUAUGUGUCCAUGCCGGCGCUGGCUAUGCACAUGCUGACCCACGACCUGCGGCACGAGUGCAGCCUAUGCAGCAAGGCGUUCAGCCGGCCGUGGCUGCUGCAGGGUCACAUGCGCUCGCACACGGGCGAAAAACCAUUUGCCUGUGCCCACUGUGGCAAAGCGUUUGCGGACCGCUCCAACCUGCGUGCCCACAUGCAGACACACUCAGCCUUCAAGCACUAUGAGUGCAAGCACUGCGGCAAGAGCUUUGUACUCAAGUCCUACCUGAACAAGCACUAUGAGUCGGCCUGCUUCAAGGGCUCUGGAGACGAAGAGGACUGCUGCUCUGAGGACUGAUCAGGGAUCAGUUUAUUUUCUAUUUCAGCUUAUUUAUCCAGGUCAGUCUCACUGAGAUAUCAUCACCUUACAAGAGAGACCAGGGUUGUGUUCAUUAGGGCAUAUAACAGAAAAUAUUUUAAAAUACUUCGUAACUGAAAGCGAAAAUUAGGGUUUCUUAUUGGACAAAUCCAGGUAGUCCCUCUCCUUGUUUCAGUCUGAUUUCUUCCAUUUGGUGCCUAAUAAACACAGCCCUUGUCAAAGACGGCACUCCUCAACACUCGUCUUCCUCUUCCUGCCUUUUGGUAGAGAGCAAUAAUAAUGACAUUGAGGGUUGUUCAAUAACAUAGAAGAUAACUGAUUAUGAGGACUGAAUAACUUAUUAAAAUGUGAAUAUUUUUUAUUCAAUAUUUAUUUUAUGGAUUCUUAUUUAUUUACUUGCAAUAAUUUACAUUCCAGUAUUAUUUUAUAUGCCAAUUAGCUCUUAAUUCCCCUUAAACAUGUCUU